AUGGCUGACAUUACGUUUGGUGGCACGGAGGAGGAGAAUGCGGAAUUGAAGAAGCUCAACGCGGAGGUGUUGGAAGAUCCUGAUAACUUCGAAAACUGGGAGAAACUUGUUCGCGCUGCGGAGGGGCAGGAAGGGGGAAUCAAUCGCAACUCUAAUCCCCAGGCUAUCACGGCCACAAGAAGUGUAUAUGACCGGUUCCUGGCUAAGUUCCCGUUAUUGUUCGGCUAUUGGAAGAAAUAUGCCGAUUUGGAAUUUUCGAUCGCGGGGACUGAAGCGGCGGAAAUGGUUUAUGAACGGGGUGUUGCAAGCAUAACAAAUUCUGUAGAUCUAUGGACCAAUUACUGCGCUUUUAAAGUCGAAACUUCCCACGAUGCAGAUAUAAUUCGAGAACUAUUCGAUAGGGGUGUUAGUUGCGUUGGGCUUGACUUCUUAGCCCAUCCGUUCUGGGAUAAGUAUAUCGAAUUUGAGGAACGUCUUGAGGCCCAAGACAAAAUUUUCGCCAUUCUGGGCAAUGUAAUAGACAUUCCUAUGCAUCAGUACGCCAGAUAUUUUGAACGAUAUCGCCAAAUGGCUCAAACUCGCCCAGUCUCAGAGUUAGUUCCUCCCGAGCUUCUCAGCCAAUUCCGCGCGGAGGUGGACGGUGCAGCAGCCGGUAUUCCUCCAGGAUCAAAGGGCGAGGCUGAAAUAGAGAGAGAUCUUCGCCUCCGGAUUGAUACCUACCACCUGGAAAUAUUUUCAAGAACGCAGACAGAGACCACGAAAAGAUGGACGUACGAAUCAGAAAUAAAGCGACCAUAUUUCCAUGUAACCGAGCUAGAUGAAGCACAACUGUCCAAUUGGAGGAAGUAUCUAGAUUUUGAAGAAGCAGAUGGCACUUUUGCGAGAGUUCAAUUCUUGUAUGAGCGCUGUCUCGUUACAUGUGCGCAUUAUGAUGAAUUCUGGCUUCGAUAUGCUCGGUGGAUGCUAGCCCAAGAAGGUAAAGAAGAAGAAGUUCGGAAUAUAUACCAACGUGCAAGCACAUUAUAUGUUCCUAUUUCGCGCCCUGAAGUCCGUUUACAUUAUGCAUAUUUCGAAGAAUUAAACGGUCGUGUUGACGUCGCGAAAGAUAUCCAUUCCGCAAUUUUGUUGACGUUACCUGGCCAUAUCGAGACUAUUGUAUCGCUUGCAAAUCUAUCACGCCGUCAUGGCGGUCUCGAGGCUGCGAUAGAGAUUUACAAGUCCCAACUUGAUUCUCCCCAGUGCGAUAUCCAAGCCAAAGCUGCAUUCGUGGCAGAAUGGGCCAAACUUCUAUGGAAGGUUAAGGGGUUGCCAGAUGAUGCACGACAAGUAUUCCAGAAGAACCAGCAAUGGUACCCGGAUAGUCGCCCUUUCUGGACAAGUUAUUUGAUGUUUGAACUCGAACAACCUACCAGUGCGGAAACCGAGGAUGUGCAGUAUCAACGAAUCAAACAAGUGAUUGGUGAUAUUCGAACGAAGAGCAGUCUCCCGCUAGCCGUUGCGAAAGAGCUUGUUCAAGUUUACAUGGUGUAUUUGUUGGAGCGUGGCUCCAAUGAAGCUGCGAAAGAGUAUAUGACUUUGGACCGUGAGGUCAAUGGUCCCCAGUCUGUUGAGGCAACGCUCAAACCUUUAGCAGACAAAGAUAUUCAAGUUAAGAUUCCUGCCAACCAAAACGGAAGUCAAGCCCCUCUUGUUGCGGAUUCCGUGGGCCAGCCAGACCAGAACCCACACAAGAACCACCAGCAACUAACAGAACGUUCCGUCUCAUCGAAUGGAAGUGUAUAA